AUGAACGGCGACAGCCAGCGACCCACGCUUCCAAUGCCCGCAGCUGACGUGGCGCGUCCUUCACGUGUCAUUCAGGAUGCUGCUGUGCUCGCAUGCCCCUCCACAGCAGCUGCAAGCCACAGCGACACGGGGAGGCAGGGGAGCGGCGGAUCGUCCUCGUGUGGCGCCGCAGUAGCAGCAGCGGGUUCGGAUAAGAAAAGGGCGUCGAGUCGAGCGGGCGCCACGGCAUCUGAGCCUAGAAGCAGCACGAGAAGCGCACACGUGGAUCAGCGGCCGCUCACUGAAGCCUCUGCUGCUGCGUCGUGCGACGCGGAGCCCAAUGCAAGUACCACUGCGCAGCAGCGCGCCGAGCUCGCGAGCCAGAUCGACCUGGGAUCGCCGCAAAGCACCAAUUGCGGCGGCAGCGCAUCGUCGGCGAGCGCGGGUGCCGUCUCCGGGAGGGACGGCGUGACGCAACAGGCGGAAACAGGCAGCGGCGCGGCUUGUAUCUGCCGCGCCAAUCGUCGUCGGCGGAAGUGCGCCCUUCCGCUUACAUCCGCGGACGAGGUGACGGGGUCCGACUACUGCUACGCCAGCCACGUGGGAUUCUUCGACACGCCCCCCGCAUGCGUCUGCGCGCGCGCGGAUUCCCCGGGCGGAAUCGAGCGCGCGGAGCGGUGGGACCGGUGGAUGGACGGCGCGAGCCUCGUGGCGCACAUCACGCCGUUCGCCAUCGUCGGGCCCUCCCAUUUAUCCCCGUCCCGCUCCCCUCCGCGCGCGCAGGUGUGCAUUCAGUUUCUAUUGGACGAGCUAUUCGGUCCGAACGUGGCGCACGUGACGGACGACGCGCUGACGGUUUUCGUCGACCUGCCCGCCAACAUGCUCGGCGCGUUCCUCCUCGGCCUCUCCGCCGUCGCGCUGCUCCCCGCGCUGCUCGCGCGCUCGCGCCACCUCGCCAUCGCCGUUGUCGUCGGGCUGUGCGGCAGCAUAUCAACGUUCGCCACGUGGAACCAGCGCAUGGUCUCCAUCGCCACGGCGGGGCUGUGGGCGCGCGCCGCCUUCGGGUACUUCACCGGCUCCGCGCUCCCCCUCGUCGCGCUCGUCGCGGGCGUCGACGCGGGGACCGCCAUCCGCCAAUCCUCCGCCUCCGCGCGCUUCUCCCCCGCGUCCUCCCUCCUGCCCUGCACUCUUCCAGGCGCUAAGGUCCCCGCGCCUGCUCCGCCAACCGAUCCCCCCCACCACCGCCACCACAUGCUCCCCAUGCUGCUGCUCUCCGCCGCCAUGCUGCUCCUCGCGGGACUCUGCGCGCUGCUGCUCCCCCCAACCUCGCACAAGUGGCGCAUGCUGGCGUGCGCGUGCCUCCUCGCCCCCUUAGGCACCCACCUCCGCUUCCUCCUCCUUCACUUCAACGGGGGAUCUUUCCCUCUCCGCCUCCCCUUCCUCCCCUGCGCCCGUUCCCCCCCUUCCGGGACGGAAACGGCGCUGCUGGCGGAGGGGGGGGAGGGCGCGCGCGCGUGGGAGUGGAUGCCGUGGGGCACGUGGAUGGCGAACGUGGGGGCGGCGGCAGUGGAAGCUGUCAUCUCCAUCCUCUUCCUCACGGUGCGCCCCUGCCACCCCUGCUAUUCCUCGUCCUUCUACCAGAGCACAGCGAGCGAGGUGGCAGUGGGGGCGAUGCAGCUGGGCUUCCUGGCGUGCCUCAGCACCGUCUCAAUGCCGUCCCUAGAGGCGCUCUACCUGCAUUACACGCUGCGCUCGCCCGCCAAGGCCUACGCCUACGCACUGCUCACCAUCCUGCCCUCCUUUGCCCUCGGCCUGCUCAUCUACUCGCUGCCCUGCUGGCUCAACGGCUUUGACUCCCUCUACAAUCACGUCGGCACCUCCCUGUAA